UCGGAACUGUAGUGUCAGGCCAUCAACUAUUAACGCGCAAACAUUGACCGGAUCAACUUCGUCGUCGUUGAGGAACAGAUUCCGAARUAACAGACAUCGCAGUACCGCAUAUUAGGUACCAGACUCGAUUUCCUCCGAAAAAACAACAACAGCAAAGCAGAAAUGUUUCUGUCCUACACCGUCGUGCCCGUGUUCGUUUUCACCAUACUUUUGAACUUCAACUACGUGUACUCCGACGAAGAUAUUAUUUUUAACUCAUGUAAAGAAUGCUUGGAAUCGGAGUGCCACACAACUAAUCAUGGACCGUGCAUCAAACAGGCUCACUCAUCGAAUUUCCGGUGUGUCACGUGUACAAAGAACGAAGAUGGACACGGUUUGUUCUACACCUAUAAUCUAUGUGAAAAAGGAUGCCAUGGAAUCAGUGAAAUUUGCACCUGCAGCGCCUAUUGUUACUUAUGCGCCACACAAGAAGACGUCGCUAAUUUAAAGAUAUCGACGUGCACCAUACCCAAAAAGAUGUUGGAUGAUUCGUGUAGGUUAGUCGAUUACGAAAUACCCGAAGAAUGAAACCCAGCCACCAUCAUCAUGAUAUUAUUUAAUAUUAAUAUUAAUUACAUUAUAUUAUAUUUUUUCAACUAUAAUUUUUGUUCUCAGAAAAAUUACCCCUACUUCCCACGUCACCAAUUAAAAAAACAAAAUACAAAAAUUCUUUAAGUUAUUGUUAUGCAGUAUUCUAUAUGAAUAAAAAAUGAUAUGGGGACUAAUUA